AUGGAGUGUCUGUUGCCACCCAACGCGUUCCUCGCGGAGGGUCAAACCUCCUUUCACAUCGAAGAAGACGCAACGAAGUGUGUGCGCGACGCCGUGGACGAAGUUAUCGCAUCCACGGAGCAACUCGACCAACCUACAACGCCGCUGUGCGGACCCCGAGGUGAAGGCACAUUUGAGGAAUUUACGGCGGAAGAUUUUAUAAUGCCGCCACAUGCAGUUGACGUUAAACUGGGCACUCCUAAGUUGCGGAGCAAGUACGCUUCGCCAUCUGUGCCGCUUCCUGGCAUUGAGGAGGCGAGUAGUAGAUCGCCUACAAUGUCCAUGAGAGAGCGCGUCCAGUGGAGGCAACAACUGUUGUCUAAUUCAUCCCGUUUGGAUGUUUCCAACGCGGAAUCCGAUUCGGGAACGUUAUUCGGCGAAGUAGCGAACAAAAACGAAUGCAUGUCCUCGGAGGUAACGCCAUUUCGAGGCACAUCGGUGAGGACACCGUCAAGGUGGAAGAAGCGGGAAACAGACUCGCGUCACUUGUUAAUGCGUACUAUAGGAAGGAAUGACAACGACACGUAUGUGAACGUGAGUGACGAUUUGGUGAAGAACCCAAUUCUGGCGAACUCGGUGCGGAGCGCCAAGAUGCGCAAAUAUCCCGACGACGAAGAGGUGGAACGGUCAUUGAAGGUACUCGGAUCAUCACGCUGUUGGACUGACAGAUUAGAAGAUAGAGCAAAUGGGUUUGUUGGCGGCGACCUGGACGACGACGACAUGCUGGCGACCCAGACACCAAUACGCAGCUUCAACACGAUGCUGUCAACAUCGCAAUCUGACUGCGUAUAUGACUCGACGCAGCCCGCAUCCUUAUGCUCGUCAUACACACAGUGGAACAACGCGAGUCCUAUAAGCACACCGGGUCGCUCAACCGGGGUUCAUGCGUCAAGCACACCCAACAGAUACGUUCAGGCCAUGUUUGGAACUGGGUAUGCCACCGACCUCGACGCCUUCGGAGGCGCAAGACUUGAAGACAUGCGAAAGGAGGAGGUAAAUCCCAUGGCAUACGCAAGGGUGCCGAAGGAUAUGUUCUCCGAAGCCAAAAUGGGGGCGCAAAUGGGCACUCUCUACAAGCACUUCAAAAACAUGUGCACAUUUAUCAGGAGGUCGUCAAUGCGCAGUGAUCGCCCCUACUUCAAGGUGGUGCAACUCAUGGUGCAGCGGAUGUCGAGGAAAGCCUUCACGAUGGAUCAACUUAGGCAGAUGGCCUGGAUGGCGCCAAACCUAGUAACGCUGAAGUGGGUCCGUAUAAGUGAGUCGGUGCGAAGGCGGUAUAAAAACGAAUACGAGGAGUGUCGCGGGGAUUUGGUCAGCGACGUACAAGUGAGAAUCCACCGGCAGGACGGGAAAGUAUGCUCGUCGAACAGCGACUUCGAAAGUACGUGCUUAGCAUUCAAGAGCAUCAUGUGUGCGUGGUUGGCACGCUGUGAGGCGGAACACGUGCAGGGAAGGGGGUCGUGUGAUGGGUUUGUUCCAGAAAUGGCCCUGCCUAUUCCGAUGGCGGCCCUGCCAACGAAGCAGUGCGGAAGUCUCGUGACGGAUAACGCUAUGCUUGCUCCCAUGUCAACACCUUCGCGAUCCGCUUCAAGGAUGUCACAAUGCGCUGAAACUAACCCGACGCGAUCGACGGCAUUGCUCAGCACCAAUCGGCGGCCACAUGAGAACGAGCACUUUACCACAAGUUGCAUGCUCCGUUCACCCGACAGUGCGUCAAACAAGUCCUUCAACAGUCAUUACGAGAGCGACUCGACACGUUACGUGGGCCUCUCCACUAAGAGGAUGCGAGAGACACCCAUGUUGCCCAUGGACACGGAGCUGCUCGACACACCAGGUAUGCGCCGCAUUAGGGAGAGCGCUAAGCGUCUCGCCACUGAGAGUGCCAACAGUGUCAAGCCAAAAGAGCAUGAUGUGUCAUACUGGAAGGAUGUUCGUCGUUUCGUGAACGCUCUUGUGGACCUCUCAAUCGCGGACACAUCGCCGCCGGUGUUGCGCAUCGAGUGGCUGGCGGAGUUUAUGACCAAGUACGGCACGAAAAGGGUUACCUACGACGAAGUUGCGGAGUGGGCCAAGACUUUGACACAUUUGGCGCCAGAAGCUAUCCACGUUGGUGUGUCGAAGUUCGACGACUAUAGCACAGUGCUCACCUUCGGCCCGCAACCGACUUUCGACGGGGUCAUACGAUACGUCAAUCAACAGAUAGACGCAUGUAAUAAAUGA